CGAAGCCACAGGCAUCUCCUGCGUGUCCCUGUCCAGGCUCCGCGUCCCCACCGGCGCCACUGCUGCCUCGAUGUUCCAGUUACCCCUCUUGAACUUCAGCCCCCAGCAAGUGGCCGGGGUCUGCGAGACUCUGGAGGAAAGCGGCGACGUGGAGCGUCUGGGUCGCUUCCUCUGGUCGUUGCCCGUGGCCCCUGCGGCCUGCGAAGCCCUCAACAAAAAUGAAUCGGUGCUGCGAGCGCGGGCCAUCGUGGCCUUUCACGGCGGCAACUACCGCGAGCUCUACCAUAUCCUGGAAAAUCAUAAGUUCACCAAGGAGUCGCACGCCAAACUGCAGGCUCUGUGGCUGGAAGCACACUACCAGGAGGCUGAGAAGCUGCGCGGAAGGCCCCUGGGGCCAGUGGACAAGUACCGCGUGAGGAAGAAGUUCCCGCUGCCACGCACCAUUUGGGACGGCGAACAGAAGACACACUGUUUCAAGGAGCGCACACGCCACCUGCUACGGGAAUGGUAUCUGCAGGACCCAUAUCCCAACCCCAGCAAAAAACGGGAGCUUGCCCAGGCAACCGGACUGACCCCUACACAGGUGGGCAAUUGGUUCAAAAAUCGCCGACAAAGGGACCGGGCGGCUGCAGCCAAGAACAGACUCCAGCAGCAGGUCCUGUCGCAAGGCUCUGGGCGGGUGCUAAGGGCAGAGGAAGAGGGCACCCCUGAGGUGCUGGGCACCGCAGCCAGUCCUGCCGCCAGCCUAUCCAGCAAGGCAGCCACUUCGGCCAUCUCCAUCACGUCCAGCGACAGCGAGUGUGAUAUCUGAGCUGCCCACACAGCAUGCUCAGAAGCAGAAUCCGGUGUAAAAAAUGAGACAAAGUGGAGGGAGGAUGGAGACC